AUGUUGCAGAACUUGAUAAAAGAUACCAGCAAGACGGACUCAACAUCCUGGGCCCAAACCCAGAAACGUAGGAGAGAGCAACGCCGGCAAGCGAGAUUGGAGAAAAGUCAGAUUAGCCAAGAGGAGGCGCGGUUGCGUUACAAGCUGGGUCGCAAGCUGACAUACGCCGAGAAAUCUACCCUUGCGUUGCAUAGAAAUCAUCCAGAUCUGAAAGACGUUUGGGGCGAUCUAGAGAAAGGUGUUGCUAUUGUCGAGCCUCAGAAAGCAGAUCCACCGCUCGGCCUCAAAGUGACGCUACUCCCAUUCCAGCUGGAGAGUUUGUUUUGGAUGCGGAAGCAGGAAGAGGGUACCUGGAAAGGCGGUAUCCUGGCAGACGAGAUGGGCAUGGGCAAGACGAUUCAAAUGAUCGCCAUGUUAGUAUCUAACGCUGGCAUCAAGCCUAAUCUUGUGGUCGCACCUACCGUUGCGAUUAUGCAAUGGAGGAACGAAAUCCAAGCACACACAGAUGGUCUGAAGGUCCUUGUGUGGCACGGCGCAUCAAGAGAAACCGACAUCAAACAGAUGCGCAAGUUUGACGUGGUGCUCACUACGUACGCCGUCCUCGAAAGCUGCUUCCGCAAGCAGGAAAACGGGUUCAAGCGGAAGGGCAAGAUCAUCAAGGAGAAGUCCCUUGUUCAUACCAUUCACUGGCAAAGAAUCAUUCUUGAUGAAGCCCACAAUAUCAAGGAGCGAUCGACGAACACAGCAAAGGCGACGUUCGAGCUCCAGGGAAAUUAUAGAUGGUGCCUUUCCGGGACGCCGCUUCAAAAUCGAGUAGGGGAGCUCUACAGCCUCGUUCGAUUCCUGGGUGGCGAUCCUUUCUCGUACUACUUCUGCAAGUCAUGCAAUUGCAAGUCGUUACACUGGAAGUUUAGCGACAAGCGAAGUUGUGAUGACUGUGGCCACAGCCCGAUGAAGCACACCUGCUUGUGGAACAACGAGAUUUUGACUCCUAUUCAGAAGAACGGCAUGGUGGGUCCCGGCGAAACUGCCUUCAAGAAGUUGAAGAUCCUGCUCGACAGAAUGAUGUUGCGCAGAACGAAGAUUCAAAAGGCCGACGAUCUCGGACUGCCUCCUCGUACGGUCGUCGUAAGGAGGGACUACUUCAGCCCUGAAGAGAAGGAACUAUACUUGUCGUUGUUCUCUGAUGCGAAGAGACAGUUCACCACUUACGUCGACUCGGGAACCAUUUUGAACAACUACUCCAACAUCUUCAGUCUGUUGACUCGCAUGCGACAAAUGGCUUGUCAUCCGGAUCUCGUCUUGAAAAGCAAGACUAACGCGGGAGCCUUUUCCAAGGAAGAAUUUGGAGAAACAACUGUUUGUCGUAUUUGCAACGACAUUGCAGAAGACGCUAUUCAGGCUAGAUGCAGGCAUAUCUUUGACCGCGAAUGUAUAAAGCAAUACCUCAACACUGCUAUAGAGGCGACACCCGCGUGUCCCGUUUGCCAUUUACCCCUCACGAUUGAUUUGGAGGCUCCUGCUCUCGAGUUAGAAGAGAAUGCCAAGCCGCGUCAAGGUAUACUUGGUCGGCUAGACCUGGACAAAUGGCGGUCAUCAUCCAAGAUCGAGGCGUUGAUAGAGGAGUUGACCAACCUGCGGAAGCAGGACACGACCACGAAGAGCCUUGUUUUCAGUCAGUUUGUUAACUUCCUCGACCUAAUCGCAUACAGAUUACAGAAGGCCGGCUUCACUAUCUGUCGUUUGGAGGGAACCAUGAGCCCUCAGGCCCGUGAUGCCACCAUUCAGCACUUCAUGAACAACGUGAACGUUACCGUCUUCCUCGUGAGUCUGAAGGCGGGAGGAGUUGCGCUCAACCUUACGGAAGCGUCGCGCGUGUUCUUGAUGGAUAGCUGGUGGAAUCCUGCGGUACAGGCUAUGGACCGGAUCCACAGACUGGGACAACAUCGCCCCGUCCAAGUGGUCAAGCUUGUGAUUGAGGAUAGUAUCGAAAGCCGUAUCGUUCAGUUGCAGGAGAAGAAAGCCGCUAUGGUGGAUGCCACACUGUCAACGGACGACUCGGCCAUGGGCAGAUUGACACCAGAUGAUCUCGGAUUUUUGUUUAGGGUGGGUCUCAACGCUUUCACGUGUGUGCUUUCGCCUCACCAGCCUUGCAGCUGUAAUUUUUCAACGACGCCCAUCAAGCACUAG